GGAGGGGGGGGGGCGGAAAAAAAAAUAUAGGCGAUGGAUUCUCCAGGAUCGCCCCCUUCGUCGGCUGAACUUCAGUCGUACACGUGGAUCGUCGUGGUUGCGGGGUUUCUGGCCUUCUCGUUUGCCUGGGGUAUGGGAGCCAACGACGUGCCCAACGCAUUUGCCAGCUCGGUGGGUUCCAACGUGAUCACGAUGAAGCAGGCGGUGGUUCUCUCGUCUGUGUUCGAGUUGACAGGCAUUUACCUCAUGAGCGACAGGGUAAUCAAGACAUUACAGGAGAAAGUGGUGAAUUUCGAGCGAAUCAAGGAGAGCCAGAACGCGAAAGGGGAGGCAGGGGACGCUCUGGUGAUGUGGGGUCUGACCUGCUGCUUGGCAGCUUCGAGUGUGUGGGUGCUCACUGCCUCCUGGCGGGGGUGGCCGGUCUCCUCUACACAGACGAUCACUGGGACGAUGGUGGUCUUUGCGUCUGUGAUUGGGAAUGGAAAUAUCCGUGAUUGGAGAUCGCAGAUCGUGCAGCUGCUUGUGUCUUGGUUGGUAGCUCCUCCAGUGACGGCACUUUUGUCCGGGUUGUCCUUUCUGGCCUUGAAGCGAUUUAUUCUACAGCCCCCGGACUCAGAGACUAGAGCGCUUGCAGCGUUACCCAUCGCCUGGACGUUGAUUGCGGUGAUGAUCGCCCUGGUGGUCCUCUUCCAGUCGGCGCUGACGACCAAGUACGCGGAGUGUAAACUGUAUAAGGGGUUAGCCCCGGUUGUCCUGCUAGUGGUAGCCGCAACUGCAUUUGCUAUUGCGUACUGGGAGGCUGUACCUCGGGCAAGGGACAGGCUGAGCAGGUACGGUCACAGGGCCGCAAGAAGGGUAGAAGCCGAGCUACUCGCCCUGCAGGGACAGAACUUGGAAGCAGGAGGAGGAGGAGGAGGAGGAGGAGGAGGACGAGGAGGAGUGGAAGGAGGAGGAAGAGGAAGAGGAGGAGGGGGAGGAUCAGACGGGGAGGUAGGAGCACACGGAGUAGAAGAUGGACGAGUGGGGGAAAGAAGAGAAGGUGCUGGAAGAGGAGGAGGAGAGAAAAGAGAAUUGGCUGUAAGACAACCGGCAGGGGAGAUCGAUGGGGAGGGGAUAGAGCUGGAGUUGCCGCCUGAUCAGGCCCGUCGAGAUCGUCAGGAUCCAAGGGAUCCUCCUGCCGGGUCGAGAAUUGCACUACAACCGAGUUUGGGAAUUAUGUUCGGGGGAAUCAAGGAGUUGUACUCUCAAGUAGAAGCCAAUACGUUUGGAAGGGAGUUGGUGUUCGACGAAUCGACGUUGAGGAUUCAUCAGCUGGCCGAGAGGUUCAAUCCACGUGUGGAGGAGUUGUUUUACCCCCUUCAGCUCGUGCCCGCUUGUGCUGUGGCCUUCGCUCAUGGGGCGAAUGACGUCGGUAAUCAGCUAGCUCCCUUCUCUCUUAUCUACGCAUACCACACUGGUGGGAAGGCGGACGCGAGGGCCCCUUGGUACUGGAUGAAGGCUCUCGUGGGGGUUGGCAUAUGUCUGGGGUUCGCGAUCAUGGGGUGGAAAGUGACCAGAAGUCUAGGGGGGGCCUUGACGUUGAUGACCCCAUCAAGGGGGUUUACGUGUCAGCUGUGCGCAGCAUUCACAGUAGCGAUGGCCAGCGCGUUUGGACGGCCGGUGUCGACGACGCAGAUACUCAUCGGAUCGACGGUAGGAGUUGGGGCGGCAGAUAACUUACGGACGGUAGACUGGUGGCUGUUCGGGAAGUUCUUCCUGUCCUGGCUGGCGACAGUCAUUGCCGCCGGUGGCAUGACGGCUCUCUUCGUCGCCGUCUCGAUCRUACGACAUGGCGAUCGUUCCCCUGUGGCGGUUGAAGGGUACUCUAGCRCKACUGGGUUCUCGCUCCKUCCUGCUUUCAAUGUGAGGGCGAAGGCCACUUCGCGCGUGAAUGUCCUAGUAAGGCGGGAGGGAAUGCAGUUAAUAAUGGGGGUCAAUCCUCCUUUUCAGCCUCGUCUACCCCACGCUUCUAGACUCCUCGUAGGAAUCCUGUGGAAGAUGAGGAAAAGGAAUUUCUUAGGGAAUUCAUCACUGAGAGGAAGGAGGAAAAAGCGCGCAAGAGGGCUCGAGGAGCAAAAGAGAUUUGAUGAGCGUUUGAGGGUUGAGUUGGCCAAGUAUGCUGAGGCUACUAAGGCGGAUGUUAUGGCGGCAGUUGGUAGACAAUAUCUCGGUCAGAAGGAGGAAGUUAGGAGGGAGGAGGUGAGGAGGGAGGAGCAACGCAGAGGGUGGUCUCCCCCGCCAAGACGUAGACGAGAGUUCGUUGAGAGAGAUGAGGGCGAUAUGGAGGUUGAUGACCUGGAUGAGGAGAUCCGCCGGCUUUCUGCGCUACGGGAGAAGAGGAGAAAGGGGAAGGAGCUUAUGCGGUCGGGAGGUCCUGUUGUUUACGUUUUGGCUUCCCCAUGGUAUAAAUCGCAGUAUGUUGGUAGUACGAUUCGUGGGCUUUAUGUGAGAUGGGGGGAGCACUGUAGAACGACCUUCUCUGGGGGUUUGGGCGUUUGUCCUAAGCUCCAUCGAUGGUUGUGUUUUGUUGGAGUGUGGAAGUACGUAGCUGUGCCGGUGGUGAAUGGGCUCUGCUCCAUUAAUGCUGUUGAGAUUGUGGUUAUCAGAAGGUUUAGCCCGGCCCUUAAUACUAAGAAAACUCGUAGAGGGAAGAGAUCAUGGGUGAGGCCAUCUAGAAAGAAGAGGGUAGGGAAUAUUCCUGCGAUCUUAAGGUAUGGUCCUGUCCUUCGCUUCACGGAGGAGAACUGCGAGUGGGUUGACAGUUUGUUUAACUUGCUCAGUAAUUUGGUUAAAAAGGGUGUUAGGACUGUGGUUAUUGAAUGUCUGCCUGGUUCACAGUGGGGGGAUAAGUGGUCGGUUCUUCGGCGGGCUUUUGGAACCUCCACGGUGGAAGGUCACCAGUGUCGUUUUUGUCUUAAGGAAGGUAAGCGUGAGUUCGAAAAGGGGGGUUCCUUCGUAUUUUGUCCUAUUGUACUUACCCCGAAUGACCGAGCUAUUUGUAAAGGUGAGUUGAGUUUGUUGCUUCAGCAGCCCUGGAGACGGCAGGAUUUGCCUUUGUGGUCCUUUUUUACGCUGGUUCGCUGGUUCUGUGCGGCGAGGGAAUUUUCAAGAAAGGAGACACGUUCUAGGCUAAAAGGUAUUGUAGCCCGGGAGAUUAAGCGAAGACUGGGAUUCGACCUCCGGCGGCGUCUGGUUGUGCAUUUGAGGUUUGACCAUCGGGUGUCGUUGACUAAAGUGCACCAGUUGGUUACCAAGUGUAUUUCUGCCUCUCGAUUGCCGGAUGCAAUUGUUGGAUUUUUGUUGUCUAGAGUUCGUAUUGUUUGGAAGAAGAACCGGACCAUUGGGGAUCUGAUUUUGAAUCACCGGAAGUAUGCUAGAUCAUCAAACAACUCUUGCCCUUGUUUUGAUGCAAAUGUGGAAUGGCCGCGGUAUGGGUUCCAUAUUCUAGCUCGUAUUGGUGAGAUUCCUGGUGUUCCUCCUAUCUUUCGUAAUUCUAGGAAUAUCACUUUUGUGUCUUGUCACCGGGGGGUUGUGGACCUAGGGAAGGAGCUCGCCUGCAUUUGUAAGUUGCUGGGAUCUGCUCUCCUGCUUGAUCAGAAGGAUUCAGUAGACUGUUGGGUGGUCACGGCACCUUCGCCAGGAGUUGUUGAUCCACUGGUGUCGGUGUGGGUUGAGAAAUUCAGGGAUUUUGCUUGUGUGCCGAUCGAUCGAAAUACUGCGGAUACGCUUGUUCUGUGUCCUACCUUGUACUCGCAUUUUUAGAAGUUGACUUUCAACUGCAGUCUAUCGUUUGUUUUGGAGGGUAGGUCUGAGUUGGAAGUCCUUUUGGUUAUGAGAUCCGUUUUCUUGGAAUUAGGCCUGCAGCGGAUAGGAAGGUGGGAUCCGCAGGAUCRUACGACAUGGCGAUCGUUCCCCUGUGGCGGUUGAAGGGUACUCUAGCRCKACUGGGUUCUCGCUCCKUCCGUGGAUUCUUCGUCAGUCGUUGCUUCCUCUUUGUAUUYGUAGGACUAAUGGGUGUGAGAAGCUCGAUGGGGCAGGGAUUGGUGAAGGAGGGAGUUGGGUAGAGGGUAUAUAAGAUGGCAAGGCAAAGGAUUGGCCAUUUGUGUUACUUCGGGAGUAUAGGAUUCUCCUUUCGUUUCAAACCUCAUGAUGAUACUACAUGCGGGGUAGUUAAAACGCGUA